AUGACCACAGCCAGCUCGGAGUCCUCUGAGGAGGUUGACAUCAUGUUGAACAUCGGUGUAUCUGAGCCUGAGGCACUCGCCAAAGGCAAAGUGCAUGCCAUGGUCGAGGAAAUGCAGAAUGCAGCUGAAGGAGAGCAGCAUAAGACAUCAGAAGAAUUGAGUGCAAAACCAAGCCCAUACCUGAUGCCGCUUCCGCCGUCACUGCCUUCAGCGUUGCUGAACCCGGAGUACCCACAUAAGCUGAUGCCGAUGCCGGUGGAAGGCCUUCCCAAGCAGCGGGUACCUUCAAUCAGAGAGGUCAUCCCGACGCAGCACCACGAUCACGAUGCGGAGAGCUCGAGCGAGGGUGAGGGCCCGGGGACGCCUCUGCCAGAUAUUGUGGCAUUUGCGAUGAACAUUGUCAUUUCGAUGCUUGGAAAUGCAGUUGGUAGUGAGCCAGGGAAGGGACAGGAGCAGGGGCAGAAGGAGGGCGAGAGGCUUUUUAGUUGGGGCAUCGGGAUUGGGGGAAGGUUGAGCGGGCAUGCAGCAUAG